AUGCAGUUUCUUAACGUGUUUAACGCCAUAAUUUGGUGCGGCUUCCUCGCUUUCUUUCUUUCCUCUGUCAACCCCGGUUGGGACACUGGGCAGAACUGUUCUAUGCUGAAUAUUACCACCGCAGAAAUAGCAAAGAAUAUCAGUGACACAUUCGAGAUACUCGAAAAAGAUCAGGCCCAGCGGCGUAUCACAGUCCCUAGCCAAAUCUCGGAACCGCUCAAGUCGGUUGCUACGAAGGUUGAGGGACAUGUAGCAACGGCCGUGGCCUCCGCAAAACAAGCCAUCAGCACGCCACUGACCAAUGUUUGGAAGGAAAUCCGACCAAAGUUCCUCGACGAUUUGACUCGGUGGAGAAACACGGUCCCCGUCUACUGUUGUCUCCAAACGCGGGGCGUGUGGCAGCUUGGGUACACCGACUCGACCACCAAGCUCGUUCCGUCCCAGGACUUCAACAUGGUGGAAGCCUUCCAAAUCAAGGAACUCAGCGAGUUAUUCAGCGCUGCACAUAAGAUCGUUCCAGGGCUGCCAGAUAGCUUAGCUAGUGACCUUGGCAAUGUUGACUUCGGCGUUGUCGACAGGAUCGUUGCCGCAAUAUACGGGCUGCUUUUGGCUCUCAUCGUCGGGACCUUUGUCACAAUCGUUGUCUCCAUAUUCCUACCGCAGACCGGUUUGUUUUGUUGCAUUCCUAGAAUGGCAAUAAACUUGCUUCUCUUUCUGCUUUGGUUCAUGGCUCUGGCUUGUAUGAGCGUUUCUUUGGCCGUAACCCACGUUUCGAGCGGACUUCUCUCUAUUUUGGAUCUAGGCAUCACCUCGCAAGCUGGGACGACGCUGUGGCUCUCCGUGGCUGCUGCGGUUUGGCUUUCGCUGUGGUUUGUUCUCAACUUUCUUAAGUCCAUCUGCCUUUGAAGAGUUUGUGAAUCCGAGGAGGGGUUCGGCGAAUGCAAGCAUAACGGUAACAAGACCUAGCUAUAAUCGUUUGGUACUGAUUUGCGAGACUCGAGAUUGGUGGCAAGAAACAACAAUCUAUGUAGAUGUCUUUUUCCAAUUUCCCAAUUUCCCAAUUUUUCAAUUUUUUUCAAUGAACGCUGUCUAGUCUGUCUCUUGAUCCUUGAAUAAUUUGCCUUUUCUAGUAUUUCAUGAAAUGAAAACAUCUUUCUCCCUAUGAUGCCAUCGUUUUCUCCAUUCUAUCUGAAACAUCUCAGUAGCAAAGCAUACAAUUUGUCUUCACCGUUCCACUUAGAGCACGAAUCAGGCCUACAAAGUCCUUCCGCGCGCCAUGUUCCGUAUGUCUACAUGAUUAUAACGAGCAACUGUGUUCCUUGAGAACCUAAAGCCAGCAGUCUACCAGGUAACAUCAUAUUUGUCCUGAUCCCUCUGCCGAUUAGGACUGCUUUGGCAGGUUUCUGGCUGGUGGCUGGGGAAUUUUCGAAUGCAAACUUAGUGUUGAAUAGGCUCUGGCGUAUUCGAGUACGUGGGGGUGAUCAAUGAUUCUAUUCUUCGGUAAUGAUCGUCCUAAGAUCUAGAUACGUACGUAAAACCCUCUUCUAGCCACGUUAUCAUAAGAGGUCAGUAUUGUCACGUGAGGAGUCUGAUUUGAGCGUGCAUGCGUAGAGUCCGUACGCCAUGCCCGAUGUCCUCAAUGACCUGUUGCGUACGGCUAUGCCAAUGCUGUUCCAUCACCUAGUCUAUUACUCAACCUACGACCACCAUCGCUCUGUCU